ACAGUGGAUAGCACCCUUUAUUACUGUUGAACGCUUGGCUUUUUCAAUAAAAAAAAAAUAUAGGAAAACGUCAAUUUAUUUUCCUGUUUACAUAUUUAAUUCUAUAGUAGUAAAAGAAUAUUGUUAAUAAAAAUAGUUUAAAUAAUAGUAAAACAAUAUUUAAUUAUUAAAAUAUUUAUUAGUUCCAUAAAAUAAACAUAAACAAUGGAGACAGAUUAUGAUGAAGAACGUGGUGGUUGGGGUGAUGAUAUUGGUCGAGGAGAAGACAUCAGUGGUGAGGAUGGUAUGGACAAUCCACAAGAGGUGUUAAAUCAAUGCCUAGAAAAAUUUAAUACUUCAGACUAUAUUAUGGAGCCAGGAAUAUUUACUCAAUUAAAACGGUAUUUUCAAGCUGGUGGUAAUCCUGAAACAGUAAUUGAAUUAUUAUCAAAAAAUUAUAUGGCAUGUGCACAAACAGCAAAUUUAUUAGCUGAAUGGUUGAUAUUAGCUGGUGUUAAAGUAAUUGAUGUACAAGCAAUGGUAGAAAAUAAUUUAAAAGACAUGAUAUUAAAAACAUUUGAUCCAAAAAAAGCUGAUAAAAUAUUUUCUGAAGAAGGUGAAACACCAUCAUGGUUAACUGAAAUGAUACAACAUCCAACUUGGCGUUCAUUAAUAUAUCGUCUUGCUGAAGAAUAUCCAGAUUGUUUAAUGCUUAAUUUUACAAUAAAAUUAAUAUCUGAUGCUGGUUUUCAAGGUGAAAUAACAAGUAUAUCAACAGCAGCACAACAAAUUGAAGUAUUUUCACGUGUAUUAAAAACAGCAAUUGGUGGAUUUUUACAAAAUACAGAUAAUUGGCAAACAAGUAUUAAAGAAUGUGCUAAAAUGGUAUGUCAUGGACAACAUACAUAUGUUUAUAGUCAAGUUUUAUUACAAAUAUUAUCACAAGAACCAAAAGGUGGUUUUAUGAUGAAAAGAUUAUCACAAGAAAUAACAAAAUGUGCACAACAAAAUCAUCAUGAUGUAACACCAAUAACAAUGGCACUUAAUGGUGCUGCUGGUAGUCCAUCAGCAUGUAUUGCAUUAGCAUCAAUGUUAUCAAGAAAUUCAUUAAAUCCAGCAGAUAUAUCUGUAUUAUAUAGACAUUAUUCAUCAAAUGAACCACCACCAAUUGAACUUGUUAGAAAUCCACAAUUUUUAGAUUUACUUGUUGAUGCAUUAUUUAAACCAGGUGUUAAAUUAAAUCAAGAACAUAAACCAAAAUAUAUUUAUUUAUUGGCAUAUGCAUCAAGUGUUUGUGAAAUAUUAUUAAAAAAAAGUAAUAUUAGAAAACAAAAUAAAGAUGAAUUACAAAAAACAAUUGAAGCCAUUGAAAAAGUACAUAGUAUAUGUAAUGUUAAUAAAGGAUCAACUGAACUUAUUGCUGAAUUAAAUACAAUAUAUCAAUCAAUAAGAUAUCCAGUUGUUGGUGUUGGUAUAAUACGUUGGGUUGAAUGUACUGUUACUGAACCAUCAUAUUUUAAAUUAAGUACUGAACAUUGUCCAGUACAUUUAGCAUUAUUGGAUGAAGUUGUAACGUGUCAUCAUUUAUUACAUCCAAAGGUAUUACAAUUAUUUAUACAGUUAUUUGAAAGUAAACAAGAUGAAUUAGAAAUUCUUGUACAGCUAGAAAUGAAAAAAAUGUUAAUUGAUAGAAUGCUUAAUUUAUUGAGUCGUGGUUGUGUUGUACCAGUUGUUUCUUACAUUAAACAAUGCUGGCAACGUGGUGAUACUGAUAUAUCAUUAAUAAGAUAUUUUGUUACUGAAGUACUUGAAGCUAUUUCACCACCUUAUUCAACUGAAUUUGUUCACUUAUUUUUACCAAUGGUAGAAAAUGAGGAAAUUACAGGAACAAUGAAGGGUGACAGUGAUAAUGAUCUUGUCUCUGAAUUUAUAAUUCAUUGCAAGGCUCAUUGUCCAGUAAGAUGACCAUCUAAGGGUCAAUAAAUUUUAUGGGUAAAAAUUAUUUGACAAAUUAAUUGAAGAAAAAACAGCUCUUAAUACUAUAGUAACUGAAUAAUUUUAAGUAAAGAAUUUAUAAUGUAAAAAACAAACAAAAAUUACUUUUUUUAAUUGAGUUAUUAAUGUCACUAAAUUAUUUAUUUGUUUAAUUGGUCGAUUUUAAUAUUCAUCAAAUUUUGUAUAUUUGAAAUUGAAAAAAACUAAAUUUUAAUUUUUUAACAAUACAAAUAUUACUCCUCAAUUUUUGUAAACAAAAAAUAGAUUUUAAUUUUACAUAUAAAAAAAAAUUUUAUUAAUUUUCGAAAGACCUAUGAUAGCUGUUGUUUUUAUAAUAGAAAAUUUUCUUUAUAAAAUUAUAAUAAUACUUAAUAAAAAAUUGUCAUGUUUACAAUUGUUAAAAUUGAUGAAAAAAAAAUUAAAUAAAUGAAUUUUUGAACAGUCAUUGUGGCUUGCUUGAUUAUGUCAAUAUGAAAAAUAUUUUAGAAAUUUUAAGCUUUAAUUUGUAUUUAAUUUACCUAGUUUUGAAGACUUGAUUUGUAUCAUGUUGCCUUAGUUAUAAAAGUGAAAAAAUGUUUAUUAUUUUAAUAUUCACAUUCAGUAAUUAUUACUAUUUAAAAAAAUAUAUAUAUUUAUUAUAAAUAGUAAUCAA